UUAUAAAUUUUAAAACACAACCAUCUAUCAAUUUCACAAUCAAAAAUCACAAUCAAUUAAAUAAUGGAAAUGAUUGUGUCAGAAUGGAAACGAUUGAAUUUCUUUGAUGAGAUGGAAUUAUCGUCCAUAAAAUUUCCCACUGAUUCUGACAUUGCCUGCUAUUGUUGCAAUGUAAUAAAACAAAACGAGGAGAGUAAAGUUACAGCUGUGUUUUGUGAUAAAAAUGGUUCAACAUUUGUUUCCUCUAAAUUGGAUUUUAUUGAAUUCAAAGGAAAACAAAGUCAAAACGCCGCCAGCUUUUGUGCUCUUACUUCAUCCAACUUGCUGGCAAUAGUCACUGAGGAUACUUAUUCGGGAAUAUACAUUGAUCUAUACGAUUUACGAAAACUGACUAAAAGUCAUGGAGCACCUUUAUUUGCAUCUGCUUACGUCGAUGUCACAAGUAAAGCCAGUUGCAUUAACUUAGAAACUAUCGACGAUGAUUUCCUUGCUUUAGGACUCGGCUUGGAAAAUGGCGAUAUCUUACUACAUUACGGAAAAAUUAUCCCAUCUAUGUCUUUAAAUAUUCAAAAGUAUUCAAUCAGUAAGAACCCUAUAAAUGGAGUGUACUUUGACUUCAGCACGCAUGGUUCGAAUACCCAAAGUUGUAACAUGUAUGCAUCAUGCUCUAAAGGAGUAAUAAGCUUUCUUUUAAAGGAUAACUCGGAAAUAGUAACUAAUUUUCGAAAUGAGAAUGAUGAAGGCCAUUAUAACGAUUUCUGCACAAUCCGAAAAACUGAAGAUGGGAAAAACGAGGAAUCGAUGUUUGUAGUGGGCCGCGAUGAUGCUGUAUAUUGCUACACCCGCGAUGGCAGGGGUCCUUGUUUUGCAAUUGAGGGAAGAAAGAAAUUUAUUUCCUGGGUAGGCCAGUAUCUUUUCGUCUCCAUUAAUUCGACACAGUUUCCAAAUCGAAAUCAAAUUACUAUUUUAAUAGUUGUGGAUACCUAUAAUAAAAUUGUUGUUUUUUUCAAGCAAGUCGAAAAUUUUGUAUGUGCCAUAAGUGGAAUUGAAUUUUUCUACCUAACUAAAUCUGAAAACAAAAAUGGACUGAUUUUAAACAAGUUAAAACAGUAUGAAACAAGUAAGAAAAUUCGUCUACUUAUUGAAAAAAACAUGUAUGAAAUUGCGUUGAGAUCAUUAAACUACGAUGAUUACGCCCACUCAUUUGAUACUGCUUAUAUACGCUUUCUUUAUGGAAAUUAUUUGUUGUUAAAAGGAGACGUCGAAAGCGCAGUAAUCGAAUAUAUUAAAACCAUUGGAAUUAUUAAACCAUUUUCUGUGAUUUCGAAACUUCUUUAUAUGAGGUACAAUGAGAAUCUUAAAUACUAUUUAACUGCAGUGGAAAAGGUGGAACCUUCCAACAACAUACGAAAUCUAAUUGAAUUUUGUAUUAAUCGUAGACAUUUGAGCAAUGAAAUCGAUAAAAUGAAGCUUUUAUUCGAGUCUGUGCACUGUAAACCCUGUCAAGGAUUUGAAAAAAUUUCCGAUUUAUCAAAAAUGUAUUUUAAUCCAUCAAAUCAAAAUAAUAUUAAGUAUGAAAGUGAAGACUUCAAAAAUCCUUAUUUUAAAUGUCAUGUAGAUAUACUUAAAGGCAGUCCCAACUCAUCCGAAAACAGGAAAUCUGCAGUAGUUUCAAACAGUAUUAAAAAAAGAAGUUGCGAAUUGACAACAAACUUAAAUAAAUCAUUUCUAAUGACAUUUAAAAAUUCUUGUACAAACGGAUCAAAUUUAGUACUAAAGAUUAAACCUAUUGUUACAGAAAAGGUCGUGCGUGCUGAAGUCGACUCAACAAAUGAAAAAGAUGUAAUAAAAUUCUUUAAUACAAAUAUUAAAUGCAAAAGGUACAACCUUUUGUUCUUUACGCUCAAUCCAAUUGAAUUUCGAAAUGAUACAUGUGAUAUCUGUGGUGAAUCCUUAGGUUCUCAGACUGUAUAUUUUCUUUGCCAACAUUCCUUUCAUAAAGGAUGUUUAAGUCACAGAACUUCCAAAUAUAAAGAUUCGAUUUGUGUUACAUGCACAGAAAAAAAAUACUCCCUUCCCGAUGAAAAAAAUUCGGAAAAAUAUGUUUCCGAUCCAUAUGAUAUUGUUCUUAUAAUUUCAAAAUUAUUUUCUGUGGGAAUUAAAAAGGGAGAAUCCGGAAUGGAAAAAAUGAUAUAAUUGAGUGGCGUUAUGAAAGGAUCCGCUUUUAUGCAUUUAAAUAUAUUAAACAGGUUAAAGGAAAUGAUGCCUCUUGAGGCUAACAAUUCUUGUUAAUUUAACUUAUAAUGCGUAUUUAAUAAAUUGUUUUCUUAAAUCGGAGAAUUUGAACUAAGGGGAA